AAAAAAAUGGAGAGACAUUCUUUGAUUUUCUUUGUUUUUUUUUUCCUUGUUGUUCUGUGCCAUAAAAACUGCUGUGAAGCGAGAACCAGAGAACCGCUAUCAUCUCUCUCUCUCUCGUACUGUGCGUCUCACAUUUUGUCAUGAUGGUUCAAGCCAAUAUUUCUUCGCUGCAGUCAUCUCCUUUCGUCCUCAAUUCUCCUUCCUCACAUCCAUCUCUUCGACAGUUGCUCAACUUCUCCGCUGGAAAAGCCGAGAGGAGAAAACUUAGAUUCAGUUGCAGAUCGAGCCGCGAACAAGAGGGGGAAUAUCUCUUGGAUGCUCCUGUUUCUGUUGGUGAUGGAUUUUCAUUCAGUGGAGGUAAAUAUUCAGAUGAGCCGAGCCCAUCGGAUGAAUGGUUCAAGAAAGGGAAGAUGGUGAAAGCUCACCCUGUUAAUGGCAUUGGUAAGAAGGCGAAGGAUCCAAUUUUUGGACUUACAAUGGGUGCUGGUUCUCAGGCUUCGUCAGAUGUUUUUAGAUGGUUUUGCGUUGAAAGUGGAAAUGCUGAUAAUCCUUCAGUUAUACUUAUUCAUGGUUUUCCAUCACAGGCAUAUUCAUAUCGCAAAGCUCUUCCUGUACUCUCAAAAGAAUACCAUGCCAUUGCUUUUGAUUGGCUAGGUUUUGGAUUUUCAGAUAAGCCUCAGCCAGGAUAUGGUUUUGACUACACGUUGGAUGAAUAUGUGUUGGCCUUGGAAUCUCUUAUUGGUCAACUUGUCAGAGAUAAAGUUUCCCUUGUUGUUCAGGGAUAUUUUGCUCCAAUUGUUGUCAAAUAUGCUAGCAACCAUCAAGAGAAGUUGAAUGAUCUCAUACUUCUUAAUCCUCCUCUAGUUGAAAAUCACGCUGAACUUCCGUCAACCUUGUCCAUAUUCAGCAACUUUUUAUUGGGUGAAAUCUUCUCACAGGAUCCUCUCAGGGCCAGUGAUAAACCAUUGACCAGUUGUGGGCCUUACAAAAUGAAAGAGGUAGAUGCAAUGGUUUAUAGAAGACCCUAUCUCACAUCAGGUUCUUCAGGUUUUGCAUUAACAGCAAUAACUAGGGCCAUGAGAAAGGAACUGAAGACCUACACCAAAGAAAUGCGGAUGAUACUAUCCAAUGAGAAUUGGAAAGUACGCACAACUGUAUGUUGGGGUCAGAGAGACAACUGGUUAGGCUAUGAUGGAGUUGAUGAUUUCUGCAAGCAUUCAAGUCAUAAAGUGGUGGAACUCGCAAUGGCAGGGCAUCAUGUCCAGGAGGACAGUGGUGAAGAGCUUGGACAACUUAUUACAAGCAUUCUUAGCAAACCGUAGCACACUUGAAGAAGAUUUGCAGUCAGGAAUAUUAGCGUUAGAAACUUGUUUCUAUAUUGAUUACUCAGUUUUAACAUUUAAAACAAAAAAAAAUCCCUUAUAGCUCUCAAAAGAAGUUUCCCAUAUAUACAAGGUAAGGGUAAACUAUUCACAUGGUUGCAUGUGUAUUGGAGGAUAUUUUGGGUAAUUCUAUUGAGUUAGAUUUCUAGGUCAUUAUAUUUUUUGCAGGAUCUGUUUUGUCAUUA